UCAGGCUUGUUCAGAGCUCAUUUCACAUCAUGGCAGAGCUCAGUUUCAAUGUGGAUCAUGGUUAUCUGGAGGGUCUAGUACGAGGAAUGAAGGCCGGGAUUCUGACUUCCACGGACUAUCACAAUCUGGCUCAGUGUGACACUCUUGAGGACAUGAAGCUGCAUCUGCAGAGUACAGACUAUGGUAAGCUGCUGUCCUCAUCCGAAGAGGACUUGACUGUGUCUUUUGUGGACAGCAAGCUCCGGGAGAACCUCGUGACUGAAUUCAGCUGCCUUCGCUCCAACGCCCUCCCUCCUCUAUCCACCUUCCUCGACUAUAUCACAUAUAACUACAUGAUCGACAAUGUAGUCCUGCUGAUCACGGGGGCCCUCAAACAGAGAGACGUGGAAGAACUCCUUCCAAGGUGUCACCCACUGGGAGCUUUUGACCAAAUGGCAGCAGUCGGCAUUGCCCGAACCCCGACUGAGCUCUACUCCGCCAUCCUUGUGGACACACCACUGGCUCAGUUUUUCCAGGAUGCUGUGUCUGAGAUCAACCUGGAUGAAAUGGAAGUUGAGAUCCUCAGAAGCAAACUGUACAAGGCAUAUUUGGAGUCUUUUCACACUUUUUGCAAGAACAUCGGAGGAGCCACUAAAGACACAAUGUGUCCCAUUUUGGAGUUUGAGGCGGACAGGCGAGCCUUCAUCAUCACAGUAAACUCCUUUGGAACAGAUCUGAGCAGUGCGGACAGAAGUGCAUUGUAUCCAUCCUGUGGCAAGCUUUACCCUGAGGGGCUUCACCUUCUGGCCAAGGCAGAGGACCAUGAGCAGGUCAAGGCUGUGGCUGACUGCUACCCAGAUCAUAAAAUUAUUUUUGAAGACCGAGAGCCAGGAUCAGAUUUUAAGACCCUGGAGGAUCGUUUCUUUGAGCAGGAGGUGAAGCUGAACACGCUUGCUUUCAUGCAGCAGUUCCACUUUGGAGUAUUUUACUCCUACAUCAAACUGAAGGAGCAGGAGAGCCGCAACAUCGUCUGGAUCUCUGAGUGUGUCACACAGAGGCAGAAGUCCAAGAUACACAACUACAUCCCCAUCUUCCAGGGAACAAAGUAACUGAGCAAUAAAUAUUUGACAAAUUGUUUAAUAAUAAAUCAAUACAAGCACUGAAUGUAAACAAACAUGGUUCGUUUCAUGAUCGAAGUUAACUUGUGAGAAUUAGUCACUGUGUUUUCACGAAGGGCAAUC